UUUGUAUUUUUAAAAAGUUGCUUCACAUGGGAAAAUAUGUGACCUUUUUUGUCUUGAUGGAAAAGUUAUAGUUGAAAUUUGUUUUCCCUUAAAUGAUUGUAAAGUUAAAUAUACAAAAAGGAAGCUUUUCUAAGCAACCAAUAUGAAAGACUUUUGAGCCUUAUUUUUCUAGGAACAAUAAAAAAAUGCCAGAAUCAACUGUCAAAAAGUCUCACAAAAGAAAAAAGAAUAAAUCAAGACCAAAGAGACAUAAACCAAAGCUAACUAAAGAGUUCAAGGAAACAGAGAAAGAAAUAACUGAUAUCUUAAACAAGACUGAGCUAUCAAUAGACAAUGUUAAAGAAGACGCUGAAGAUCUUGGAGAGACAUUUUUUUGCCAGACUACUACAGAGCCACCAAAUUCACAAAGAGAUUCUCCAUCGGUUGAGGAAGAAAGUCAGCAAUCAUCUGCAGCCGCAGAGUCACCGAGAAUUCAAACCGCAUCAUCUUUUAUCCAAGUUGAAGAUGAUGAUCCAAUAAAGUGGUUUGAAGCUGAAAAAAUAAUUUACAAUGAAAAUUUACUAUUUUUUCCUUCCUCAACACCAAAUCCAUUUAUUCAAAAUACCCUCAAUGAAGAUCCUAAACUAAAACCUGAUAAAAACUUAAUUCGUAUGGUAAAUCGUUAUCGCGAAGAAGGAAACACUGAUCAAAUUACGUCGGGUAGUUCUUUGAAAAAUCAAACCAAUUAUUUCCAAGAUGAUUUACUCUAUGCAACAGAGUGUGUUCGAGAGUUUAAUCCAAUUUUUUACGUAGCAAAACUUGGGGACACGAACAGUCCAUUAAUGCCAAGCCGUAAAUUUAUAACUUUGAAUAUAAAAAGCUUAAGAUUUACACAGCAUCCUUUGCAAAAAGAAGAACACAUUUUGGCUAAUAAACUAGAAAACUAUCUCGAGGAACAUUUUGAAAGAAAAGAAAAACAAAUUAUUCCGGAGUUAAAAAUAAAACUUAAUGAUCUCAGAAAGAUUGCAAAUGAGCUUCUAGAAGAUGGCACAACUCAAAAUAUCGUCGAACUUGAAGACAAUUUAAAUAAACUUAAACGCCUGCGAAAUAAAAUCCACGAAGAGGAAACAAUCAGUAAAGAUUUGGUUCGAAAUAUUUUGGAUAAUUGGUUGCUAUUGAAGAAUCUUCGAAAACGUCAAGAAUUUCAUUGGACUUCGUUGAAGAUUAAAAUCAAACUUAUCGAAGCCGAUAUAAACGCAGACAAUGCUGCCUAUACAAAACGUUUUGAAAUAGAACUUAACGAAAUAUAUCGCGAGGAAUUGGAGGCUUAUUAUAGAGCCAAAAGACUUAAGAAAACAGAUCCGGAAAAAUAUUUCGAGAAGAUCCAUAAGCCGAACAUUGAACAAAUCAAAAAAGAUUUAAAGAAAACUUUACAAAAAUGCUCUCGUGCACCUGGUGAGCCAGAGAUGGAAAUUAUACGAUCGAAUUUAUCUGAACCUUGUCGUCCUUUGGAGAAAAUCAGGAGUUACUUUUUGAAAAUUCUGUUUGACGGUCAACUAGUAAGUUCGACAAGAGGUUUUCGUUUGGAACCAGACCUGUCAAUGUUUGUCAAUGAGUCUUUGGGAAUUUAUCUCGACCGUAGAAUUCCAAAAGAGAUCAAAAUUAAGCUCUAUGAAAAGAAAAAGCUUCCAUCGAUGGCUAUCAAAGUUGCCAAUAUAACGAUACCACUGCCAUCAAUGGAAAUGGGGAAGCCACACUUUGAAAUCAUCAAUUUUUCCUCUCAUAAACAAGAAAAUGUUGCUGGCAAACUAAAAAUCAGCUUUAAUUGCGAUGAAGGAAAUUAUUCCGAAAAAAUGCUUAACACAAUAUUUCCUUCCGACUCUCUUCGAACUGAAACAUCAGAAGAUAUUCUAUCAAAUCUAAAGAAGAAGUUUAUGGAAUAUUCUUCUAACGCAUCAGAAAUUGAUGAAAACCAAACAUCCGAUGAAGACGACAAAGAAAGUGAAGAUAGUCCAGUAGACACUUGCACUUUUGAAGAAACUCAUUUGGAAUUCUGUUCACGUGAGGAGAUCGAUAACAACCCUCGCCUUCGAAUGCUAUCGUCGAUUUACAAACGGGACAUGAGGACAAAAGAUAUCAGAUUUGUAUCCUAUUUGGAUGGUGAAAUCGAAGAAGAUUACGAAGAGAAAGUUAUUGACAUGGGAAACUGGAUGGAUCCAAUUGAUUUACACAAACAUAAAGGGAAGAAAUAUUUAAAAAACCUUUACGAAGUAGUGAGAAAUCAUUGUGAUCAAAUGUCAUUGAUAAGUGGAAGUUCAGAUGAUUUGCUGGUGGGAAAUAGUAUUGUAACACUUAAGUCAUUUUUUGCCUCUUUGGCAACGAUGUUUAGUCCACGUAGUCCUAUGAGCUCAGAGAACAUAUCACAUCCGUCUUCGCUGACAUACGAAAACGUAAGAAUAUUUAAUAUUGUGAUCAAUGUUGUAAGAGCAACGGGAAUUCCAGUUCGAGCCUUUUCAACACCAAAUCUAGAUCGAAGAGACAGCAGUACAACAUCAAUGUUUAGUUCGCAAACAUUUAAAUACUCAAACGUUAGGCCAUUUGUAUCAGCAACAUUUAUGGACAAAAGCGCCAGAACAAUGACAGCUGAUGGAUCUAGUCCAACAUGGAAUGAACAUUUGAUUCUACAAGUAACAGGUAAUCCCAUUGAACUCAAAGGUGAUUUAAAAAUAGCGAUAUUCGAUGAAUACGUCGAAAAUCACAUAAGUGAAGAAAGAUCAAUGGAAAUUUAUCAGAGAUUUCAGUCAAAUUGGUUAGGAGAAUAUCGUUUUCCAAUAAGUACGAUUUUAGCUAAUCAAAAGAUCGAAGGAGUUUUUGAGUUAAAUUCUCCCAAAGUCUUCCUUGGCUAUAAUGUUCCCUCCCUAAAUGAAGCAUUGCCAAUGGAAAAUGUCCCCGAAAUCAAAGAACGAGUUAAUGUGUGGCUCUAUGUAAGCUUAGAUCCAAGUUUUGAUAUGCCUCAAGUAUCGAUGAAAAAUCUUGAAUGUUCUGAACUCAAAGACGUAAGAGUACAUAUUCAGGAGUGGUGUAUAGAGGCCAAAGAUUUGCAAUCAAAACGAUUUAUUGAUCCAUUAGUUUGUACGAUGGAUGGAAAACGAGUAUGUUUGACAAGAUUACUUGAACCAAUUCCAUUACCAAUUGAGACAGGUGAGAAUUUAAUCGACACAGCUUGUAGAUAUGUAUCUCUGUUGAAUGUUAUCGGGCAUUUUGACCCAUGUACUCAAUUUAAAGGAAUAUGGUUAAACAAUGAGACAUUACUGGAUACAGGUUGGGGCUCAGCAAAGGAUCUUGGAAUUUUGUUGGCAAAUUAUUUACUGACCAUCGGCAUUCGUUGCUGGAUAGUUCUAGGAAUCGCAUAUCCUUACGGCGAAAGUGCUUAUGUCUUGUAUAAGGAAGGUAAUGAUUAUAUUGUUGUGGAUCCUAGCAGCGGAAGGAAAUAUUCAACGAAGGACUCCUACUGCCCUGUGAACAAAGUUUUUUGUAUUUUCUCCAAAAAUAAUAUUUAUUGCAACAUACAAAGUGAAAAUCGGGUAUCUAUGAUGAGCUUUGAUAUUGAAGAUUCUUCUUGUUGGUUUCCAAUGUUUAACAAGAAAAAUCCAGCUCCACUGGGUGGCGUUCAAAAGCUUAACUACACAUAUUUGAAUUCAAACACCAUUUCUGAAUUAAGAAAGAACAUUGAACGAAAGAUUAUGAAGAAAAUAAGCGCAUGGCGCCCAAUGCAAAAAACCAUAUGGAACAGAGCAUUUCAAAACUCAAUGUUAAGGAUUUUAGUUGAUUUAGAAUAUGAGUCAACUUUUACAUCGAUUCCAUCGACAAUAAAUCAUUCAGAACGCUUAGAAGCAGAAUUAGGAAGCUAUAAGGCAUUUGGAUUUACACUGAAUUUUUCGUACAUUAAUUUAUCGUCAGUAUCGGAAAGAAUAAAAUCCACAGGAAUUCAUCUGAAUAGUGAUAGAAGAGUUGAAUUUUCUGUUGCGGUGCAUAUACAUGCUUAUCCGUUUAAUGUUUUAUCAGUUUGGAUAUUUAUUAUGUCAAUUGUUCCAACAUGAAAUGUUUUUAAUGAAGUUUUGUGUUAAUGUUAGAAAAUAAAUGUAAAUACAGAUAUCAAAACGAAA